CCUCAUUGGCUGAUCCAUCCGUAGCAGUGGAGAGAAAGUCCCUUUGAUUGGACAGCAGGUGGCAGUACAUGCAGAACAGUGUGCAGAAGUCAGAGGCUGCUGAGAGAGAGAGAGAGAGAGAGAGAGAGAGAGAGAGAGAGCGAGAGAGAGAGAGAGAGGACAGGUACCGCCGAGACACUCAGCUCACGAGCCCGGUGCGCACGUCUACAGCUUCGACCACAGAGACGAAGACCCUCACCCUCAUCAUCAUCAACCCUCAUCACCCUCAUCAUCCUCAUCAGGGGAGGGGCCGGGGGGACUUGGAGGAAUCGCAGGCUGCUGUCGCUGCGGCUCCAGAGGGAAAACUUGGGACCUGCUCAGAGUUAGCACACAGCACUGUGGACCCGACGGAUCCGUCUCCACAAGGAUAUUUACAAAGUCAAACCCACGGGACCGCCGACCACAGCGGAGACACCUCUCCCGAGCCCGGUCUGGCUGUGUGUGUCGUAGCCGGAGAGGGAGAGAGGGGGAGAGAGGGGGAGAGAGGAGCAUCUGCCGGUAGCCCGGAUGCGACUGGAUCCUGACCUCUGUGCGGCUGCAUGGCGUCUCCCCGCCGCUACGGGCACCCUGCCAGGGCUAUCGCCGACGUGAUGCAGAGGCUCCAAGAAGAGCAGGAGGCGGUGCAGAAGAGGACCUUCACCAAAUGGAUCAACUCCCACUUGGCCAAGUGCCAGCCUCCCCUGGUGGUCACGGACCUCUUUGAGGACAUCAAGGAUGGGGUGAUACUGCUAGCUCUACUGGAAGUCCUCUCCGGUCAAAGUCUGCCCUGCGAGCAGGGCAAGAAGCUACGCAGGAUCCACUGGGUCGCCAACAUCGGCACCGCGCUCAACUUCCUGGAGGGCAGGAAGUCGGCGUAUAGAGGAUCUCCGAUAAAGCUGGUGAACAUCAACUCCACAGACAUCGUGGACGGGCGGCCCUCUAUCGUCCUGGGGCUUGUCUGGACCAUCAUUCUCUACUUCCAGAUAGAGGAGCUGACCAGCAGUCUCCCGGCCCUGUCCGGUAGCUCCUCCUCCAUGGACAGCUCCAACAGCAGCACCGACACCACCAGCCCGCCCGUCAAGAGGAAGCUCCUCCCCCCAGCGCAGGGCGGGGCCAGGAAGGCGCUGCUCCGAUGGGUGCAGCACACAGCCACCAAGCACCUGGGCAUCGAGGUGAAGGACUUCGGGCCCAGCUGGCGGACGGGGAUGGCGUUCUUCGCGGUGAUCCACGCCCUGCGGCCGAGCCUGGUGGACCUGGACCGCAUACAGAGACGGCCCAACCGGGACAACCUGAGGGAAGCCUUCUCAUUGGCCGAGACCAAGCUGGGCAUUCCACAGCUACUGGACCCUGAAGAUGUGGACGUGGACAAACCGGACGAGAAGUCCAUCAUGACCUAUGUGGCUCAGUUCCUGAAGCACCACCCCGACCGCAUGCAGAGCGAGUCCGACUCGCAGACCGAGGAGGAGAGAGAGCGUCGCAAGGGUCUGCGGGAGAUGAAGAUGUGGCUGGACCAGCUGGACCGGGACGUCACCCAGGCCAGGGACACAGAGACCAACCUCACCCAGCAGUACCAGUCCUUCAAGCGUCUGCGCGUCCAGCUGGAGGUGAGGAGCCGGCAGGUGGAGGCGGCGCUGCAGUCCAGCCAGAAGGACGGCAUGCUGACCGUGGACCAGGCGCUGGUCAAACAGACCUGGGGGCGGGUCUCCAACAGGCUCCUGGACUGGCACCUCCAGCUGGACCGGUCCCUGCCGGCCCCCCUGGGCCAGGUGGGGGUGUGGCUCCACCGGGCGGAGGAGGCCCUGCGGCAGGACAUCCCCCCGGCCCCCCAGGCCCACGAGCAGACAACCGGCACCGUCCACCGAGCCCUAGAGCAACACAAGGAGGUGCUGAGGAGCCUGGAGAUCCACCAACAGUCCUUCCAGAAGAUUCACCAGGACAGGUGUGUUGAAGGGGUGCCUGUGCCCCCAGAGCAGCUCCAAGACCUAGCCGAAAGGAUUAACUUUGUGUCGACGUCGUCCAACGUCCACCUGGCUAAGAUGGAGUUUGUGGAGAACCAGCACCAGAUCCAGGCCUUCCUCAUCCUGGCUGAGUCCAAGCUCAAGUCCUGGAUCAUCAAGUACGGCCACCGGGAGUCCGUGGAGAAGAUGCUCCUCAACUACGUGACGUUUGUGGAGAAGCAGCAUCUCUUCGAGAACUACGAGGCGUUGUUCCAGUCGCUGAAACGUUCCGCUGAACAGUACGUCGCCGUCGACGCCUCAGUGGAGGAGGGGGAGUGCGGUGUGCGGCGGUUCCUGCGGGAGGUGGUGGGCCAGUGGAGGAGUCUGUCCGUGGAGGUGCGGAGCGUGAGGAGCAUGCUGGAGGAGGUGCUCUCCAACUGGGAGCGCUACGGCUCCACGGUGGCCUCUCUCCAGGCCUGGCUGGAGGACGCCGAGGCCGCCCUCAGCCAGCCGGAGAACACCAAGCGGGAGUUCUUCAGGAACCUGCAGCUCAUGAUGGAGCAGCACGCGGCCAUGAACGACGCGGGCAACUUCCUGAUCGAGACGUGUGACGAGAGCGUCUCCCUGGGCCUCAAGCAGCAGCUGCUGCUGCUCAACGGCCGCUGGCGCGACCUCUUCCUCCACGUCAAGCAUUACGCCCACGCCGAGGAGCUGGAGGCCUGGAGGAGGGACCACCUGAAGGCCAUGUCCGCCCUCAGGGAGCUGCUGGACUCAGCCGAGGGCAAGCUCAACGCCCCGGUGCCGCUGGCCUUCAGCCCCGUCAGGAGCUUCCUGCAGGACGUGGAGAACACCAAGCAGAAGAUCGUCUCCAUGGAGACCCAGUUCAAACUGGUCUCUCGCAGCGCUCAGCUCCUGGCUAAGGACGCACCGCCGGACGAGGGCGCCCGGGUGAUGGCUGCCAUGGCAACGGCCAAAGGUCAACUGAGUAAGGUCCGGGAGCGAUGCCCCCCCCUGGUGAGGGAGUGCCACGGUCUGCUGCCCCUGCUGGAGGAGAUGGAGAAGCACACGGCGGCCUUCCACCUGAGCCUGGAGCGGGCUGGCCUCCUCGCCGCCACGGCUCGGGCCCCAGACGGCCUGAGCCAGAACAAACCGGUCUUGCAGGACCUUCUCACCGAGCAGCAGAGCUGUAAGCGCAGCCUGUCGGUCAUCGAGAGGAACUUCCACGCCCUGCAGAGAGCGCUCUCCACCAGUAAGGUGCUCCACAACGUCGACCAGACGCUGCUGAAGAAGAGGACCGCCGAGAUACAGGCCUCUGCACAGGCCCUGGUCCUGGAGGUGGGGGAGUGGCGGCGGCAGGACGGGGCCGGCGGCUGCCUCCGUAGGAGGUUCGAGGAGUCCCGCCUGGAGCUGGAGCGGGUGCUGGGGGCGGCCCAGGACUGUCUGGCGGAACCCGGGGCCCCCGGGGACCCGGAGGAGGUGCUGAGGAGGCACAAUGACUUCUUCAGCCAGCUGGACCAGCGCGUCCUCAGCGUGUUCCUGAAGGCCUGCGAUGAGCUCACCGACAUCCUGCCCGAGGCGGAGCAGCAGGAGCUGCAGGAGACCGUCCGGCGGCUGCACAAACACUGGAAGGACGUCCAGGCGGAGGUGCCCAGCCACCUGGUCCGUCUGAAGGUGGAGGUGGAGCAGCGCAGGGUGGCGCUGGUGCUGCAGGACUGCCGGCUGGAGCUCAGCCGGGAGAUGGAGGCCCUCUCUGGUACCUGUACCAGCGAGCGGGUGGUCAAGGAGCACAGGGCGUACUUCGCUGAGCGCAAGCCGCUGGCGUCCUGCGAGAAGUGGCUCAGGGUCAUGGAGGAGCUCUGCCAGCAGGUGCCCGACAACGACCCCGCCCACCGGUCGCUGGGCGCUGCCGCCGGGGACCUGGCCGCCGUGACGGACGAGAUCGAGAACACCCGCCUCAAACUGCUGCAGCACCCCGACAAGUGGAGGGAGUGGAACGACCGGUUCUGCGAGCUCUCUGAUUGGCUGUCGUCUCAGAGGAGACAGGUCCGGUCGCUAAGGGAGACGGCCGGGGACGGCUCGCCCACGCGGCAAGAGCAGGUGGACGCCGCGCUCCAGGCCCUGCAGGAGGCGGUGGACGAGCGCGAGGAGACCCUGUGCUGGCUGAAGCGCCGCCUGGCCGCGCUCUCCGAGGUCAGCCCCGAGCUGGAGGUCCAGAGAGAGAGGGCCGCCCUGGCCAAGCUCUCCACCGACCUGAGGGCCCUGCUGUCCUCCCUCUGCCAGUGGGACGAGCAGGGGGGCUCCUCCAUGUUCCAGAGUGAGGAGCUGAGGGAGGAGGUGCGCGGGGCUCUGGAGGAGGUGCACAGGGUGCGACGGGAGGCCCAGGAGCACUACGGCAGGGUCCUGGAGGCUGAGACCCUGGGCGAGGCCAGGCAGCUGUACUUAAUUCACCAGCAACACCUUAAGCGCCUGCACGCGGGCAGGAAGGAGGCGGACCUUCUGGUGGCCCACUGCCGCCAGCUGCAGAAGGAGGAGGGGCUAAGCCGGUCCCUGGGCGAGCUGGAGGAGGCCUUCGGAGAGGGGGACCUGAAGUCUGACGCCCAGGGGCACAACCUCCAGACAGCUCUCCGGGCCUGGCAGGAGUUUGAGAGCGAGAGAGAAUCCAUUUGGAAAUUCUUAACCAGCACCAACGCAGGCCUUGCCAAAGAACUUCUCUUCAACAGCCAGCACAGCCUGAAGACUGAACUGGACCUCAGCAAGGAGCUUUUCAGCCGGGGUGAGGAGUGGACCACCAGAGCCAAGUCUCUCCUGGAGACAGCGUCAGGCGUCCAUCUGGGAGCCAAGAACCAGAGGCUGCUGCUGGAGCAGGCCCGCUCCACCAUGGGGGCCCUCGCCCAGCUCCAAGAGCAUCUUAGAAAGAAUAUCAACCAAUUGGAGCUGGUGCAUACUUGGUGGGAACACUCCGGCAGCCAAUCAGAGGCCUUCUUCCUGUGGAUCUCCGAGAAAGAGCGGGAGCUGGAAGACAUCAGCCCCGCCUCUUCUCCUGAUUCUUUGGACAAACAGCUCAGCAGUGUGGAGGCAGUGGAGGCGGCCCUAGAGGAAAAGAGGGCGUGGCUGGUCCAACUGGAGGGGCAGAGUCAGGCCCUGUCCGGGUAUGUGACCCCCGGGGAGGCGGGGCAUAUCCGGGCACGGCUGGGCCAGAUGGGGCGUGGCCUAGAGGAGUUCAGGGGCAGUGUACGGCAGCUGAUUGGACAGCUGCAACAGAGCGCCUCCCACCGACAGCGCUACAGCGAUAACCUGGAACAGGUGACGAAAUCGAUGAGUGACCUCGAAGAGAAGCUGGACCUUCAGAUCACGUUCUGUAGUUCUUCUUCCGAGACGUACCGAGGCCUGCAAGAACACAUGGAGCAGUGCCAGGCCGUGGAGCAGCUGACCCCCAGGCUGACGGCUCUGUGUUCGGCCCUGAAAAGACUCGGCGACGGGGGUCCGCUGGAGGAGGAGGUGGCCCGUCUCCAGGAGCGCCAGCGAGAGGACGUGGAGCGGGCCAAAGAAAAGCAGGCUGCUCUGGAGAACCUCCUCACGCUCUGGCAACGCUUCGAGAAGGAGUCAUCCUCUAUCAGGAGCUGGUUGGACAGGUGUGAGAUGAUCUGCUGUCCGGACAUCCAUCACCUGUCUGCAGACAAAGUGAAGCUGCGGAAUGAACUGCAGAAUAUACAGGAAAUGCAGAGCGAGGCCCCAGCCAAUGAGACGGCCCUGGAGGGUCUGCUGAGCCUGAGGCUGUCGCUGACGCCCACGGUGCCCAAAGAGUGUGUCCGUGACAUCACCGACGACAUCACACGCCUGCAUGAGAGAUGCUCGUCCCUGAAGGACAGCGUGACACACAGACUGGAGCUGCUGGGGACCCACCUGUCCCGGCUGGAGGUCUUUGACAAGCACCUGGUCACACUGGCCCAGUGGAGUGACAACUUUCUGUCUGGCCUCAGAAGCUCCUCCCAGGUGGAUAUGGAGGACCUGGAGGCUGCAGUCAGACAACUGCAGGAGCAGGAGACCGGUCUACUGGAGCCUGCGCCCCUCCAGGAGACCCUCCACGGGGUGGAGUCCUCCCUGCUGCCCUCUUCCACCCCGGAGGCGCGGCAGCAGCUCCAGGGCUGGAGGGAGGAGUGCCUGCAGCCUCUGGGCGAGGCCCAGCGGCUGCUGCGUCUGCGGGGGGCCUGCCUAGCCGAGCUGGGGCACUUCCUCCGGAGGCACGCCGAGGCCCGGCGUGCGGUGCAGGACCUCCGCGAGGCCCUGGAGGGCCGGGGCAGCUGGGACCGCUCCAAGGCGGAGCAGCUGCACGCCGGCGUGGGAGCGGCGGCCCGGGACCUGGCGGCGCUGGAGGCGGAGGCCCUGGGGCUGGACGGCCGGCUGAGCAAGGCUCACCUCCACCUGGUCGGCGCUGAGGCCGAGCCCGCUCUGGGGGCCACCAAGGGACCCGCCUCGCAGGGGAGGCGGACUUCCUGUAGGGGCCAGACGGCGGACCUCCUGACAGGGCUGGAGGGCGUGCAGAGGACCCUGGGUUGGAGGCAGAGCGAGGCGGAGGCCCUGGGCGCGCUCUGGAGCUCCUUCCGGGAGAGGAAGGAGGAGGUGAUGGCCGGGCUAGCGAGGCUGGAGGAGGCGGCGGCAAGGAAAGAGGACGCCCGCGAGAGCACCGUGCAAGCCUUCCAGAACAGGCUCCGCACCUUCGUCCAGAUGGAGGACGAGCUCCAGUGUCUGCAGCACUCCCGGGACUGGCUGGGGGAGAGAGGCAGCCAGCUGGCCCAGAGGGACAGCGAGCUGGCUGGGGACGCCCUCCGGGAGGUGGGCCUGGUGGAGGCGGCGUGGACCAGCGUCACGGCACUGAUCACCCACGGUCAGGAGCAGAGCGGGGCCGUGAUCCAGCUCCUCCGUCAGUUCCACGCACUGAGGUCCAGCCUGGGCGUGGCGCUGGAGAACGCCCAGGCCGUCACCCACAGCCUGCCCGACCACAACCACAGCCGCGAGGAGGUCCGCCGGAUCCUCGUGCGGCACGAGGCGGCUCAGGCGGAGCUCGGGGACAGACAGGAGUCCAUGGACCUCCUCAUCAGCACGGAGGAGGACCUCCAGAGGGAGAUGGAGAAGACCCCCGGGCCCGACACGCAGACAAUCCAGAGAGACAUGGAGACACUGAGGGACCAGUGGUUGGAGGUUUCCGAGCGACUCCAAACCAACGGCGAGCGACUGGGCUACUGCGUGGCCCUCUGGGAUGACCUCAAGGCCACAGAGCAGGACGUCGGCCAAUGGGCUUCCGCCGCCAUCGUCGACCUCACGGACAGCGUGGCCAAUCUCAGCGACGGGCAGAAGGCCGAGGCCCGCCUUGCCACCUUCCAGACGGAGGCGGAGAUCAGGGAGCAGAGGCUCGACGCCCUGCAGGACCGGGUGUUGGAGUUGAAGGAUCGGGCAAGGCUCCAGCAGACGCCCGUACAGAUGCAGGUCCUGGAGUCGGACCUCAGGAAGAAGAUGGCCCACGCCCACGAGGUCUACAACCAGGCCAAGCACGCCCUCACCUACUUCAGCUUCCAGAGGCAGCGGCUGGAGGACCUGGCCUCUCAGAUGACCGCCCGGCUGGAGGCGGUGGAGGGCUCCCUGGCCGGCCUGUCAGAGGAGUCCUCCCCAGACCACAUGGACACCGUGAAGGACCUCCAGGGCGCGGUCCAGCGGCAGCGUGCAGACCUGGACACGGCCCGGGAGUCCCUGACGGCCCUGUCCCGGUCCCACCCGUCCCCGGAGCUGUCCCGGCUCUCGGCCGAGCUCACCGCCAUCGCCAAGGGGACGGAGGCGGCGGCCCUGCGCUGCAACCGGACCUGGGGCGGCCUGCAGGCCGGACUGCAGCUGCACUUCAACGAUCUGGUCCAGGAGUUCCAGUCCUGGCUCGCCGAACUCCAACUGGAGCUGCGAGACUGCUCCAGCCAAUCAGGCGACGGCGCCGCUCUGAAGGCCAAGAUCUAUCGCCUGAAGGUGUCCCUGGAGCAGGCCGGGGAGGGCCAGCGGCGCCUGGGCCAGGUGUGCCAGGAGGCGGAGCGGCUGGUGCAGCACCUGCCCCGGGCGGGGGCCGCCCAGGUACAGGAGCACCUCGCCGCCUGCCAGCGGGCGUGGAGCGACUACGAGCUGGGCUGCUCUCGGAGCGGCAGGGAGCUGGAGCAGAGCAGGGAGCUGCUCCAUAGGUUUGAGGAGCGUGUGGCGGGUAUCAAAGGCUGGCUGGAGCAGCUGGAGGUCAGCCUGAAGAAGGAGCCCGUUCUGGGGCCAGACGGCCAGCAGGGGGCGCUGGACAGUGCGGAGGAGCUGGAGAGGAUGGAGGGCAUUCACAAAGAGCUGCUCCAGAGGAGGGAGUCGGUGGAGGGCCUGGUGCAGGAGGCCCAGUCCCUCUCCGAGGCGGGCCGGGGCUCCGGCUCCGAGGCCCGGGUGGGCUCCCGGCUGCAGGCGGACCACCAGGCCCUGCUGCGGGCCGCCCGGGACCGCCUGCGUGGCUGCCAGGAGAGCCAGGCCUUCGGGGAGACCCUGCAGGGCGUGUGGGCCUGGCUGGAGGAGAUCCAGGAGAGGCUGGGGACGGUGGACAGCACCAUGGGCACCAAGGAGCAGCUGGAGCAGAAGCUGGAGACUGUGCAGGAUAUCCUGCUUCUGAAGGGGGAGGGGGAGGUGAAGCUGAACAUGGCGAUGGGCAAAGGCGAGCUGGCCCUGCGUGGACACGGGGAGGCGGGACAGGAAGUGAUCCGGUCCCAGCUACAGGAAGUGGAGGAUGCGUGGGCCACGCUGCUCGUGAGCGCCAUGAGCUGCCACAGCCGCCUGGAGUGGACCGUGUCCCAGUGGGGGGGGUACCUGGACAGCGCCACCCAGCUGCGGUGCUGGAUGGGCGCCCUGGAGGGGGACGUCAGCGCCCCGCUGCCCCCCCAGCCCGGGCCCAGGGAGAAGGCCUCCCAGCUGGACCGUCUGCGGGCGCUGCGGGCCGACCUGGAGGACCACCAGGGGGCGCUGUCCAGCCUGGAGGAGAAGGCCCGCGAGCUGUACAAGAAGACCGGGGACUGCGGCUUCAGCCACGCCUCCCGCACCCAGCUGCAGGGGCAGUUCGAUGAGCUCACGGCCCUGGUGGAGGGGAGGGUGCGGCGGGCUCAGGCGGUGGUCCUGGAGCACCAGGAAUACCUGGAGGCGGUCCGGGACCUCACCGAUUGGCUGAUGUCGAGUCCUGUGUCAACUCCGAUCUCCGCGCGCGCCGAGCCAGGCAGGAAGGCAGGCUCUCAGCGCUCAAUAGAGCUGGCAGCGCCGCUAAUCCCAGACCGCGCUGUCGUCCUGGCACCGGCGCCUCUCCCAGCCUACCGCUACCCCUACCGCCACCCCUAUUGCUCGCUCCAUAACCUCUACUACCCCUACCGUUGCCUGUACUACCUCUAA